UUUGAAGUGGCCAAGAAAUAGCUUUUGCUUACACACGAGCCAGGUUAACUUAGGGUGACUCAAGAGUUAAGAGGUUCUCCUGAUGACAAAUUCGUAAUAUACUGUGGUCUCUCGUCAACUUCAAAUGUAAGACUAUCAUGAUGCGUAAAUUGAAGAUGACCUGGGUCUUUACAAUUUUAAUUUUUGCUCAAGCAACGUUCUCGAAGUCUAUAAAGAAGAAGCACAACAAAAAGGAGUCCAUACCUAACCAAAGAUCCCAUUACUUGUUACUUAUGGGGAACCCCAUAGAGGAUGUACACCACCACAAGGGACUAGGGAUGAUCCUGUCCUCUAAGCAUGGCGAGUCAGAAAAGCUGAAGGACACUCCAAGUAAGGAAGACCUUCAUCACUACAGCAAACAGAAAUCAGGCCUUGUAGCAACUCUGCAAUCGUCUUUAAGGGGAUCCCCAUCUGAUCGUGGCUAUAGCUACACCGAGGCACUGUUCACAGGAGCUCCUUUGUUAAAUGGAGUCCCAUUUACCAAGUCGGGUAAAACCCAAACACUUCAAAAAGGAAGCAGUACCGAAAAAACAGGGAAAGGAAGCGACAACCCUGCCCAUAGUUAUGAGAGUCAACCUUCUGCAAAGCUAAAUGUUGAUAAGAAUGGCAGUUACGAAGGAAAAGGAAAUGAUCACGUGGUAAAGGUAUCGAACACAGGGCACGGUUUCUGGGGAUUUUCUUCCCAUGAUACAACAAAGGAAAGCCAUCCAUUAAGCGACAAGGGAAAGGGUGAUCACACAAAUGAGAAGGACACACAGCAUCAAUUUAUAAAACCACGACCCUCUUUGGAUGUGUCACCUUACAAAUCAGAUAAUAAAGUCCCGGAGCCCACAAAAUACACAAAAGUUGAUCAAACGGCAGACACCUCGUCACAAAUUGAAAACCUUGAGAGAAACCCUUCCUCUGUCGAUAGGUCGUAUUCUAAUCCAAUGAAGAGUUACCAAUAUCAACACGAACAACCUGCCAAAACAGGAGUGAAUGAUCACCCCGUAGAGCGAGUGCACCAAAUCUUAGUGACAGGGGAGACCCAGGAGAAUUUUCCGUCUGAUGCCUUCAAAACCAAUCCGUCUGUCGAAGAAAAAACUGUGAACAACAAAAUACCUGAGAAAACCUAUAUCAAAGCGUAUGAUGAAGAAUCACACCUGUUAGGGUCUAGUGUCUUACACAACGGACGGCGGAGUGACCAUGAUAUAGAAGGACACCGCGGAUAUAACCCAAACGUAAUAACUGGAUCUUCUGAGUACUGGAGAACACAUGACAAACAAACAGAAUAUUCCCCACUUAACACAGUUACGGAUCCGUCACUGGGUGGUGUGGAACGUCUCGAGAAGGAGACAGGUGUUGCUCCUUUGGAGGAAUCAAGGAAUGCUUCACCAAACGGUUUCAAGAUUAACGAAGGAGUUUCUCAGGCUGAAAAUACACCUCAACAACAACACCCUGGCUAUCAUCAGCACAAUAAUAAUUAUGGCCAGCACAUUGCGUCUCACUUAAAAGAUGGAGGUGAAUCUGAUAAUCAAGAAUACGUUAAUGCCUAUAAGGCUAGACAAACACCAAAGUUAAAAUCAAAUGAUUCCUUUACAAUGCGUCUAGAGAGUUCAACACCAAGCCAAGGAUCUCCUGGAUUUGGAAGCUUGGUUAAUCAACUUCGACCGCAUAAGAUAAUCGAAAGCGCAUUUGAUGAAGAACUCACCCACAGGAUUAUAAUGGGGCCAUCAUAUGAACAAAGUGGCCAUUCCUUUCCCAAGAAGCCAUCAACUGAAAAACAAACCAAUGACAUACAAUUACAGUCCGGUUCGCAUAAUACUUUUUCCAAUGGAAACUCUGAGGAAGGCGAAUCAACAUCUUUCCUGCCAUAUCGUGAAGGAGAUAGUCGUGCUUCUCAUAGUCAAGAAAACGAGAAAUUACCAAAACCUGAAAAUGAAGCUAGAAAUGAACCAUCGCCACCUAUUUCUGGGGCUGUUACAGAUGAGUCACCAAAUAAUAGCCAAAAUGAAGAAGAAACACUACACAUUACAUCAGAUCGCCCGUUUUUAGGGAUUGUAGCCCAUCAAAGACCAAAACAAGAUAAUUCAUUUACCAACGAUGUAAGCUCUCAGAAGGAGAGCACAGAAGAAUCAAAGAAUGGUGCUGAACAUGAGCCUGAUGCUAAUUAUGAAGCUGGUCAAAUUACGGGAAAAGAAGGACGGCAACCAUUAGAUCAACAUGAAGCCGCUGAAACCAUGCCACAAAUUUCAAAUGGGGAGGAGAAUAAUACGGCGACUAAUAAUCUCGAGCAUGCGAUGCUAUCAAAAGAUCAAGGCCAGCCAUCAGCUGAGGUUACAAGCCAGAGGGACACAUCGCAUUACCGACUUUCGGGGAAAGCUGUAGAUACGACCUCGAAUUAUGAAAAUACAGACACUAAUAGCCAAGAAACACAGCAAAAACCCGAUGAACAAACAGACACUUUACAAGGCAGUAGUGUCACACGUGAUCCUGGUUCAAAUAACGAACCAACUGACACACGUGAUCCUGGUUUAAAUAACGAACCAACUGACCACUCGUAUAAGUUUCAACAGAGACUAUCAAACGAACAAGAAUCCUACAAAGAAAAUCAAGGACUACCCCAACAUGGCGAGGGUGUUCAGCUGAACAACUUUGGUCAUACAGACUCAGGAGACCUGUCAGUCGAAGCAUCCUCACCCACAGAUGAAAAAAGUGAUAAUCCUUCCCUUUAUAGCCAUCAUGAGAAAGUUGAGCACCAAGAUAGAUAUAUUGAGGGAUCUUCAGCAAAUCCAGUCCAGGAACAAGAAUCCAUUCAAGGAGUGCAGCAACAGGAGUCCUCGCCAGUCGGUAACGAACGAGAACAUGGAGUGAAUUCUGACAACUCAAAUUUUUCAGAAAACUCACCUAGCCGAGGUGAAACUAAUGAAGAGAACUUCAAUCUCGAAGCUCAAAAACAAGAAACUUUUGGCAACAGUAAUGCUGACUUUGCACACGGACAAGUGGAACAACUAGAAGAAGCAAUAUCACCAGCUAGAGUAGAACUUUCUAGUGGCAGUAAUACGGAAACCCUAACAGAACAAGAGACAUCACAUCAGCCAGAACAUAAAGAAUCCUUCUCCCAAGGUUUCUCUAAACAGGAUGAAGAAAAAAGCACAAAGCCAUUGAUAAUAAGUUCUGAACAAGAGACUGUAAGUACUGAUAGAGCAAGUGACUCAACGGAACAAAACGCAUUGCACGAUAAGCAAAUCCAAAUAAAAGUUGGGAACCCAGAGGAAGGUGGUGAGAUUCCAAAGGCAGACCAAUCAAAAGAUGAUGAUGAGGGAAAAGUACUGAUACCAUUUUAUCGCGCUAAAACCCACAAUCAGAAGACCUCUCAAGAGAUCGAAAGCAAUCAGUCGAAGGGAAAUGAUCAGGAAAAUAGGAAUCAGAGGAUAGUGUACUUCUUGAAAAUGGCAAAAGGUAUUCCACUUUUAAACACUAGAAAAGUAGCGCACCAUCCAGAGCGAAAUAAUGCAGGAAAUCGUGAACCGGGAGAGCAUUCUACAAACAAAGUAAUGAACCAAGACCCCAGAAUAGAGAGUACUCCAGAAACGGACGUUGAUGUGAAUGGAGGAAGAAGAUAUCCUUGGAGUUGGCAAAGAAAACCUAGUCGUCUCCCAAGUUCUCAAACAUCUGAGGGACAGAGACCUUCCCCAAGUUCUAGUCAACGUCCCCAACCUGAACCGUACCCUAGUCCUAGCCCUAGCCCACCGAGUGGCGGCGGUGGUGCCCUUGGUGGCAGCAGCGUCAAUUCUAACGAGCCACAGCCCGAUUCAGAGUUUGAGCAAGAAGCGUUGAAAACGCAUAAUAAAUAUCGAAAGGUACAUGGUGUCCAAGAGAUGACCUUGGAUCGAGACCUCAGUAACCAGGCUAAAGCCUACGCACAAAAAAUUGCAAACAUGGGUCAGCUGCUGCACUCAUCUCAGGCAGAAAGAGGAACUAGUACAGGCGAGAAUUUGGCUUACGCCUGUGCGUCAAACGGUACUCCGCUGACAGGAGAAUCUGCGACCAAAAUGUGGUACGAUGAAGUGUGCAAACCUGGCUACAACUUUGCUUCAGGUGGAUUCAGCUCUGGAACAGGUCACUUUACUCAGGUGGUAUGGAAGGACAGCGUUAAGCUGGGCAUCGGACAAGGGAAGGCCACUCAGAAUGGAAUGCAAUGUAUCUAUGUGGUUGGUCGUUAUGACAUCGCGGGUAACAUGAUGGGAGAAUUUCAGGAUCAAGUGUUGAGAGGAAACUUUAACAAAGGAUACUGUAGAAAUAUAAAAAAAAAGUAGCCUGUAAGAACAGUUUGGACGGGUAGGAUAUUGAAAAACGAACUAAUUACACCGUAGAGGUCUAAAUGGAACUUUUUCUUCCUGCCUUAAGUAGGAGGGAUUGCCCAUAAAUAAAAUGUUUGGUAUCGUGGUAAGGAUAGCGAUAGCUUGAAAGCGCUUUUGGAAAUUUUAUUACCCAUGAUCCCCAUCAUGUGCCUCAACAUAGUGCCUCCGAAUAGCAGACACGUGUUUCAAUGUUUGAUUUCACGCGUACUUUACUACCCUGGUAAUAAAACAUUCACUUAGUCUUCAAUGUUCUUGAAAUGAGAAAAGUCAUAAUUUUCUUGUUUUAAAUAAGCUAUAAAUUGACAAAGAGUAGAGUCAUAUUUAUACAUAA